AUGCAUCGCGGGACCUUUCCCGACUUCCGAUCCAUACUGACACUUCGUGGGACGACGGCUUCCCAGACACCCUUUCAUCAGUUGGAAAUUACAUCGGCAUUGCGCCUCGAUCGUCGGCAUUAUCCUUCUGGGAACAAUUUUGCUAAGCAAAGCCCCAUCGAGGAUAAUGGAACUGGACAAACCUAG